AUGUCGGAAGCCCGGUCCUUCCUUCUCCGCUCAUGGGCGACCUUUUCGGCCCCUCCGUCCUCGGAGAAGGGCAGAAUGUUCUCCAAGCCUUCCCUUUCCAGGGCCUCCAAGCGUGCCUGGCAGUCUAAGUCUCCCAAGCCUCCCAGGUCGUUGGUGUCUUGUCUGUUCAUCAACGUGUUGGAGCUUUGGGCGAUUCGGCUGUCUCUCCAUCGUUGGUCGGGCCGUCUUCAGGGCCUGUCGGUUCGGGUUCAGUCGAACUAUGCCACGGCAGUGGCUUACAUCAACCACCUAGGCGGCUCAAGUAGCGUGGCCGAGAUUCUCUCCUGGGCUGCAGAGCAUGUUCCGGCUCUUUCUGUGGUGUAUAUUCUGGGUGUGGACUGUUGGCAGGCCGACUAUCUCAGUCGCCAGUCGAUGGACUUGGGGGGGUGGUCAUUGUGCCUGGAGAUCUUUAAUCAGAUCUGCCUUCGCUGGGGGACGCCGGAUGUGGGUAUCCUGGCGUCUCGUCUCAACCACAUUGGCGAUCGGUUCUUAGCCUGGUCCCAGGUUUCCUGGGCGGCGGCAGUGAAUGCCCUGGUGACCCCGUGGGACCGGUAUGGUCUGAUUUAUGCCUUUCCUCUACUGUAUAAUUUUCUGCAUCUUCUGCGCAGGAUAGCGGCCGACGGCAUCCUCGUGGCCCCUGGUUGGCAGAGGGGAUUACACAUAAUGUUCAUCCUGUUCGGUCCCCCUGGUCGCCUUCGGAUCUGGCAUUGGUGCUUCAGUGUUGCUGGAGUCCUCAUUUGGACCGUUGAGGGAAUUCCCGCUUUGAGUCUGUCCCAGAAGGGGGCCUUUUUGGUGGCGUUUACUUCCUUUCGCAGGGUUUCAGAGUUGGCGACCUUGUCUUGCAGGUCGCCGUUAAUGGUCCUCCAUAGGGACAAGGUUUUUCAGCGUCCACGGCCGUCCUCCCUACCUCGGGUGGUUUCAGCGUUUCAUUUGCAAGAGGACGUCGUCUUACCUUCUCCGAAGCCCGUUCAUCGAUGGAGAGAGCGUUGUUUACAUGUGGUUCGCGCUCUCCGCGUUUAUAUGGAGGAUGCGGCUUUCUUCCGUGAGUCGGUUUCUUUGUUUGAGUUACGGAAGGUCGGGGCCACGUCUUUGGCUACCAUCUCUCGAUGGAUUCGUAGCAUGCUUGUUCAAUCUGGUCUUCACUAUGUGCAGGUGCUGGGUCUGAUGGUAGCCUCUUUCAAAGCCAUUCCCUUCAGUCAACAUCACACCCAGAUCCUGCAACAGGAAAUUCUGUUGUACUGGGACAGGCUUCCGGGGUCCCUGGACAGGGCUCAUGGAAAUGACGCCAAAUCUCAGGGUCACCCAGGCUUCCAGGUCUUAAAAUCGGCAUCACACUACUGGCCUUUGGACCUAGUUAAUGGAAUUCGUGAGCUUCCCCGAGUCACUGAAGGCAGGAUGGGUCCUAUGGGUAAUGACAGCGACAGAACUGUCAUCGUCCACAAUUACAUUGUGCUCCCUUACCAUAAUUCUUCCUCUGUCCAUAGCAAUGACUCUGCCUUUUCUAACUUGUCUGCAACUGUAGAUAUUGUAGAAGGAACAGUCAAUCAUGGUAUUGUUCUUAAUGAGCAAAAAGGAGUUACUCUCCUGUACUUCGGAAGUUCCAAAAACUCCUGCAUUAGUGACCUAAGUUUGUGUGGACCAGAAGGUGUCACAUUCUCCUUUUUUUGGAAGAUUCAGGACCUGUCACCAAAGAAACAACUGAAACCCAUUAACCAAAGUAACAACCAAGAUUCUUUCCAAGAUGAUCCCUCUAAGAGCCGACAGACACAGGCCUUUGGGAAAAAAGUUACUUCCCAUGGUUUUCAAAUCUACGCAGAUGAGCGUGAAGGUUAUGUUGAGGUCUACAGGCAUGGGGACUCCAAGGUCUGGAAUGCAAAAAUUAAACCUCCAGGUCCCUAUUGGACUCACGUUCUGUUCACUUGGACAUCAAGUGAAGGCCUGAAGGUUUAUGUCAAUGGCACCUAUAAUGCCAGUGAUUCCCAAGGUCAUCUCUCCUACAGUUAUGCAACUGGUGUUGAUGGCUUGGUUGUGGGCACAAACAGUGAUCAAUCCAAACACUAUGUCAAUGGAGUUUUCGAUGAGUUCAUCAUAUGGGAAAGAGCCCUAAGCCUUCCUGAGAUCCAGCACUACUUUACAGAUGCCACUGGGGAUGAAACCUUUGUUACUUCAACAAUGUCUAGUACUCCCAGUACUGCUCAUCCUCCGGUCUCCACCGAUGCUUACUAUCCCAUUAUAAUUAACUUGACCCAAGAUGGUUUCAGGAUAUCCCAUGCACAGCCUGUCCUGGGUUAUUUGGAUGUUGUCUCACAGACUCUGCCCAACAAAUCCUUGACACAAGACACAGCAGGCAACCUAACUCAGGCCUUUCUGAAAACUGUAGAAGAGGUCCUGUCACUGCCUACUUGGACUGAUGUACCAUCAGCUCAUCCUGAAGUUUCAGGACUUAUUGAUACAGUUGACAAAGUGAUGGGACACAUGGCAAGAAACCUUCUGGAAAGCUCCUCAGUGAUUGUUACAUUGGAAGGCCGAUCAUCUGUGGCAGAUUACUCCAUGGUGAAGGUGCCUCAGGCUUUGAGUUUGCCACACUACCGAUUUCCAUCUGAAGGACAGUCUUACAUCUCUGUUCCUGGGGAAGCAUUUCUAAGCAAAUCUCGCACCACAAUUGUUGGGUUGCUGUACCAUACAAUGCAUCGACACUACAAGCAGAUUAAACCUAGUGAUACGAGAAUUUCAGGGGCAAAACAGUACAAUGAUUACAUGAUCUCAGCAGCCAGUUAUAUAAUUUCUUUGAAGGUAGAGCCACCUCCGUACCUGUGUCAAAAUCUUUCUGGAUCUCCACUCAUAACUAUUCAACUGACACACAUCUUGACUCCUCGACUCUAUAUUGAAGCUGUCAACAAUAGUAACCAUGUCCACCUCUACUGUGCUUUUCUGGAUUUCAGCUCUGGUUCUGGCAUUUGGUCCAGUGAAGGAUGCGUUCGAGUUGAAGGAAACUUGAAUUACUCCAUAUGUCGAUGUAAUCAUCUCACCAACUUUGCCAUUCUGAUGCAAGUUGUGCCAGUUAAGCUCUCCAGCUCCCACCAGGUGGCGUUGUCCUCCAUCAGUUACAUUGGCUGCUCCCUGUCCAUUUUCUGCCUGGCAAUUACACUGGUCACAUUUGCUAUACUGUCUUCAGUCAGCACAAUCCGAAAUCAGCGGUAUCAUAUCCAUGCCAACCUCUCCUUUGCCAUUUUGGUUGCCCAGAUCCUGCUACUGAUCAGCUUUCGUUUUGUUCCUGGAACGCUGCCAUGCAAAAUUGUAGCAAUAUUGCUACACUUCUUCUUUCUAAGUGCUUUUGCGUGGAUGCUGGUGGAAGGAUUGCAUCUCUACAGCAUGGUGAUCAAGGUGUUCGGUUCAGAGGAGAGCAAGCAUCUUUACUAUUAUGGAAUCGGAUGGGGUUCAUCCUUGGUGAUCUGCGUGGUGUCUGUAACAUCUGCCUUGGGCAGCUAUGGAGAAGGUGAAAACUGUUGGCUGUCUCUGCAGAAAGGAGCAAUAUGGGCAUUUGUGGCACCUGCAUUGUUUGUUAUUGUUGUGAAUAUUGGUAUACUCAUUGCGGUAACCAGGAUCAUAUCCAGAAUUAGCGCUGACAACUACAAAGUCCACAGAGAUGCCAAUGCAUUCAAAUUGACAGCCAAAGCAGUUGCUGUGCUUCUCCCGAUUCUUGGAAGCUCCUGGAUCUUUGGAGUUCUUGCUGUAAAUGAACAGUCUAUAGUAUUCCAAUACAUGUUCGCUGUUUUCAAUUCUUUACAGGGAUUUUUCAUAUUUCUGUUCCACUGCCUUCUUAAUUCUGAGGUGAGAGCUGCUUUCAAACACAAGACAAAGGUGUGGUCGCUUACUAGUAGCUCCAUUCGCAACAUCAAUGUGAAGCCUUUCAACUCUGAUGUAAUGAAUGGGAACAGAGCCAAUACAUCUCCAACCAAGAUGAAUACGUGGGACAAAAGCAGCAAUUCUGCCAACCGAAUUGACUUGUCUGCAGUCUGAUCAUAAGAGGGAUUUUGUCAAGAAAAAGAAAUCACUGGAGGCCUUCAUGUAUACAAGUUUGUCUUCCCUCAUGCAGCUAAAGGCUGUUUCUCCUCCCUUUUAAUAAUCAUAAGUAUCUUCUGCCAUGUUUUACUACAGGGAUGGUUAUAUUUCCUAGCCUGAAGAAACCAAUUUGUCUUCAAGCACACAACUUCAAAGACACUGUUCUAAACAACUGUUGCUCACCAUUGGCAGUAAGUGCCAGGAUGCCUUGGAGACUGUCUUGCGCUACAUAACUACAAAACACAGUGAAAAAUAAAAUGAUGUUAUAUUGUGCAAUAGAAUUUCUUAUAAAACUAAUCAUUACAGGAUUACUUUCCUGUAAACUUCAGUGACUUUUAUGAAAGACAGUUCACAGCUUUCUCUGACAAAUCCUCCUUACAUGCGCCAGAUCUUGCAUAG